AUGGUGGCCAGCGACGCCGCCUACCCCAGAGUCGAGAUGGACAUCGCCGAGCCCGUCACGCCCGCCGGUAGCACCAGCGGCGCCCCGCGCAAGGCCAAGGAGGAGUACAUCAUCUCGAAGCUCGCAGACCAGGACUUUGACAUGAAGAAGCUGCCGAACCCCAUGGUCCCGCGCCACGGCGUCGACCCUCAGCUCUUCCCUAAGGGCGUGACGCUGGAGAUGGAGAGGCACUGGAUGGCGCAAAUUGAGGCCAUCCGGGCCCGUCAGCAGAAGCAGUAG